CUCAGUCCCACUCAAACUGUGUGUCAGGGUCUUACAUGUGUGUGACUGUAAAUGAUCAACUCAAGUGUUUGUGCUCAGAGUUUAGUCCCCCUAGGAGCCUCAGACUCGGGCAGAAUGAGUUCAUCAGGUGGAGGGUCGUCCCUGCAGGUCCAUGCGGUCCGGUUGGGUCCAGGUCAGGAGCUGUUGGGAUCUCUGCAGGCGUUUGUGGAGGAGAGGCGACUCAGAGCGCCGUUCAUCAUCACCUGUGUGGGCAGCGUCACAAAGGCAACACUCCGGCUGGCCAACGCCACGGCAACAAAUACAAAUGAGGUGAUCCACCUCAGCGGGAGGUUCGAGAUUGUCUCCCUGGUCGGCACACUCAACCGAGACGCCCACGUCCACAUCUGCCUGUCGGACGGGGAGGGCAGGACGGUUGGGGGUCACGUGAUGGGAGACCUGGAGGUGUUUACCACAGCCGAGGUGGUCAUCGGCGAGGCGGUCGACCUGCAGUUCACCAGGGAGAUGGACGAACGGACGGGUUUCCCAGAGCUAGUCAUUCAACAGCGAUAAUCUGACAGAUGAAGGAGUAAAGCAAGGGUUGCCUUAUAUAUUGAAAAAGGUGAAACUUUAAUAAUUUAUAUCCAGUGUAUAAUUUUAUGAUGCCUCUAUUGUAGAUUUAUAUACAGAUAAACUGGCUUUACUGAGCUACUGUACUGCAAAUUAUAUUCUGCAAAUAUUUUACAUUAUUAGACAGUUAAUACCGGUGAAUCGAUGCACAAGUAGCUGUCAGUGGAGCUGCUUUUACUUACAUUAGACAGUGAAGUUUGGUAGUUUGUGGAUCCCAACCUGCUGCACAGAUUAAUAUUAAUAUUCCUAUUCUUUUUAUUUUAUUUCAUUUUUCAUUAGAAUAGUUAUUUAAAUGAACGUAUAUCUGGGAAAGUCCCAGAAACAUCUGAGGCAUGACAAUGGGGCCAAACUAAACCAGCCGCUGGUUUUAUCCACGUGGCGACUAUCAAUAGAUCAGCAAUAAACUGUAAGAAGCUUGUUUUUGAUGUUAUAAGAGUCAUUUUACGUGUUACAGAACAGCUUUACAUCAAUUGUAGAACUGCACAGAGUAAUGCGGCUCCUCAUAUUUUGUCAGCAUUUUUGAACAUUGCAAUAAAUUGCCAUUAAACAAAACCAAUAGAUGAAGAUGUUGCAUGUUUUAGCUGUGUAGAAAUAUUGAUAAAACAAUACAACAUCCUAGAGGAAUGAAAAUGUGCAUCUCCCACAAACACACACACACACACACACACACACACACACACACACACACUCAUACAGCAGCCAAUAGGAGCAGCUCUGCGGGGGUUGCAGCUUUCUGCUAAUAGAUGUUAAACUGAGCCGCGGCCUUUCAGAGCCUCUGACCCCCCUGGUUCUGACAACACAAAGCGAGAACCCCCCUCUACGGAUUAGCUAUGACCUUAGCUCAGUCAUGGCCACCACCGCCGCGAAGAAAGGAAGGUCUCUGCCGUGUGGCGGGCGGGUCAGUGGGAGGGGAGAGGGGAGUGGUAACAGCCUUUUGAUGGAAUCCAGUUUGUGGAGUUUAAUUGGACCUCAGGCUGACUGAUUCCUGCCUGGGUGACAUGUUCCUUCAUUAUCAUGAACACACACAUGUCAGUUUAUUUGUACACAAACACUGUCUCCAAAUACUCACUAUAGCACUAAAUGUGGAUUAAUCCACCGCUAAAAAUAGUCCCAACAAUUUUCCUCCUGUUUGUUUGAUAAAAACUAAAAUUACUGAGACUGAAUAAACAAACAAACUAUAUGUGAGCUGUUUUUAAAGGUCUGUAUUUUGGGUAGGAACCAAUGGGCUUAAAGUUUUGAACCACAGACAGGGAGGAAAGUCAAACCAGUGAGAGAUGGACUAACACACAGUCUUAAGUGAACACCAGUGAGCAGGAUUUCUCUUUUCUUUCUGGGGUGUUUUGGGUCCUGUGCAGCUUUUUUUUAAAUUAUGGUCUACCUAGAAACAGAUAUUUAAUUGCAAUCAAACAUAUUCUGGUUAAAUAAAGGUUAAAUAAAAUUUGAUAUGCAAGAAUUGUAGUUUGUCUUCACCUAGGCUGACCAAACAGAGAGUCUCCAGGUGAAAACUGGACUGAACUUUAUUGGAGUUUCUACAAAAAUCAGGAUGUUACAUAAUGUAGUCAGUGUUUGCCAGGAUUUUCAAAGGAGGUGUAGCUUCAGCUUCAACAUGACCUGUCCACCAGCUACAUGCCCACCAUGCCUACACGAUCAGCCCCCUUCGCUCCUCGUUACAAAAGCCCUCAAGAAAAUGCUAAGUUAGCUUUUAGCUAGCUAUGAUGUGUUAAUAUCUUGUUACUUAUAAGGUGAAGCAUGUUUUUAAAUACACAAAGUAAACUAAUAAAGUGGGUUAUGGUUACAUUUGGCCUCAUAUUUAUUCACAACAACGUCACCUUGUAGCAUGGUUCAAAUACCUGCCGUGUUGGUGGGUUUGUUUGAAUAUGUAGGGACAUGUCGUGUAAGCCUCAAACGGAAUGUGGCCGCAGCUAUACAUGUCUCAAAUAUUCACGACAAGAGGACACAAAAUAUUGAUUGUCUUGUCUGGAUGCUGGUAUUGGUGUUGUGAUAUUUGUUUAAUGCAUUAAAGUGAGGAAAGUUACAGUCUCCUCAUCGCUCCACACAGUUCUGAUAUUUUCAUCUCUUCAUUGGGCGUUUAAAGGAGCCGAAUGUGACAUUCAUACCAUAUAAGAAAAUAGUGUCAGCUUGCUUUUCUGCCAGGGCUCGCUCAUCAACAGGAGCUAAUGUGUUAAAUCUAAAUAUUAAUCAACAGCAUAUUGAACAGGUCUUAGCGGUAAAUAUUUGUCUCCCAUUUCACACUGCAAACAGUUUAAUGCAUGAUAUCAUUUUUUCACAUUUUAGUUACUGUGUAACCUCUUGGUCACAAGUAGCAUCUACAAUUACUAAUUCUCUUAUGAUGAUAUACAAUUGAGUAAUUAAAAUUUUGGACAGGAAACCAAUAAGAGCACAUCAUUGCCAUGUUCUUUAUAAACUAAAUAUGUUUUGAUCAUUUUGCCAUUUUCAAACUCAUCUAUAAAUGCCUACAUAAUCAGGCUCCCCAGGUGCUCAGUGACCUUUUGGUUCCACUUAGAGGUUCUGGCUCAGUAAUUCGUGGAGCAGCCAGUGGGAACUGUUAGGAUCCCCUGUGUAAAUACUCAUUUGGAUGAACAGCUGGAGUUAACAUGUAGAAUUCUUUACCUAUCUUUACCUUUAACUCAAAUUGGAUACUAAUUUCGAUCACUUUUAACUCAAACUGAAACAGUGUUUGAGGAGGAAUCAGUUAUGCAGUCAGACUAACUUGGUGCUUCCUUUUCUAUGGUGCUAAUUACGUAUUGCAGUUUGUGUCUUGUAUUGUUCUGUCUGUAUUUCUGUUGCUGUUUGUACUUUGCACUGUUACUUGUGUCCUUCUUGCUGUGUCUUUUGUAUCUCAAAGCCCAGCUAGUGAUGGGCAUUGCAAAUUAGUUAUGGCUAUAAAUGCUGUGGUGUGUGGCAUUUAUGUAUGCUACACACUUGUUCCAAUACAAAUAAAUAUUUAAUAAAAAAUAACUAAAUCUA